GAAUUAUCCACAUCGUUCAGUUUCUUAGUGAUCGUGAUGCGAGAAAAAACAAUCCGAUAUGCGCGGAAUAAUUCGAUAAAAAAAUCUUUUUUUAUACGCGAAAAUCGGCGAGAAAAUAGCAAGAGAAGAGACAAGAAUUUUCGAAAAUGAGUCAAUACUCGAAUCGUAAAAUGGACGAGGACAAAAAUUGUAAAUGGACCAACCUGAAAGAUAUCGAAAUGCAAGCAGAAACCACCAGCGAAAUCAGCGACGACGAUAGGAGCUCAGAGUACGAAACGGAGCAAGAAAUAGCGAGGAAUCGACCGUUUUUAGAAAUAUGGAACUCCGAAUCAAUAUGGGAAAGUCUCAUGAGCCUCCCAAACGCCGAGGAAAUCCAAGACCUCGUUGCAAAAGACGACGAGGAAGCUGUAGCAACUUUAAACAAAAACACCGGCUUAUUAAUAUCCACGUGGAUGGAUAAACCGCGCGUACUAAACGCUUGCAUACAAGCCAAACCGGAUCUCGAGCAAAGCGACGAAAGCGGUAGAAGAGCCGUACACUUGGCCGCAUACGCCGGCAAAAUCGAAUGCCUGAAGAUCCUCAUUCAAGCCGGUUGCAACGUAAACGCCUGGGACGCUUGGGAGCAAAUCACCCCGCUGCAUUGCGCCGCCGGCGGCGGUUUCUUAGAGUCCGUCAGGAUGCUGGUCAACCACGGAGCGGACGUCAACGCCGGCCUGAACAGCGCCAGCGGCAGAAGCCCCCUCUAUUUCGCCGUACAAAGCACCGCCGUCGAUUGCGUGAAGGAGCUGUUGACGAACAACGCCGUUCCCAAUCCGAGCCAGGUGUUCACCGAAACCCCGCUACACGUAGCCGCCGCCCUCGGCGACGCCGAAAUAAUGAAGCUGCUGCUCCAGCACGGCGCCGCCGUCAACGUCAAAUACGGCCCGUGCAAGAUGACGCCGCUGCAUCUGGCCGCCGAGGACGGCGACGCCGAGUGCCUCGGCAUGCUGCUCGACGCCGGCGCCCACAUCGGCAUGAAGAACGACAAGCGACAGACGCCGUUGCACCUGGCCGCUCUGUCCCAAAGCUCCGAAACGGUGGCGUUGCUGCUGAGGAAAGGCGCCGAUCCGAACGCCGAGGACUCCGACGGACGGACGCCGUUGCAUUCGUCGAUCGUGAAGGCGUCGAGGUCGUGCGAGUGCGUCAGGACGCUGCUGGCGGCCCGGCCGGACGUCAACAAGCCGGACAUAUUCGGCUACACGCCGUUGCAUUUGGCCGCUUUGAACGAAUACUCCCAUUGCGUCAUGUUGUUGAUCAAUCACGGCGGCGACGUGACGGCGCGCACGAACGGCGGCAUAUCGGUGUUGACGUUCAUCACGCGAAAGACGCCGGACGUCAUAAGGAAGUACAAGAUGAAAUUCGACAAUGCCAUCAAGCUGACCGAUCACGAGCUGGGCGACAUCGAUUGCGAGCUGAAAUUGGACUUCAGAGUGCUCGUACCGACGAUGGGCAACAAAGAGACCGAGCUGCUGUUGAAUUUCAUCGAAGUGGGCCACAAGGAGAUACUGAAACAUCCUCUAUCCGAGACGUUCUUGUUUCUGAAAUGGAAGACGAUCCGGAAGUUUUUCAUCUUCAGCCUGUUCUAUCACUCGCUGUUCGUUUGCCUGUUCACUUGCUACAUCAUCGGGGUGUUUCUGAGGAAUUGCAAAUCGUCGAAGAGCCUGCACGAUCCCUGCUGGGUGUCCGACAGCACCAAAUUGAUCGGCUACGUUCUCCUCAUACUGAACUUGUUGUUGUUGAGCAAAGAGUUGUUCCAAAUAGCGCAUUCGUGGACCACGUACCUCAGGCAAUGGGAGAACGGUCUACAAUGGUUGAUCAUCUUGGGGGUUUUCUGUUGCGUUCAACCGACGCGAAACAUGAACAUUCAACAAGACGUCGAUUCGUGGCAACACCACGUGGCCGCCGUAUCGAUAUUCAUCACGUGGGUGGAACUGAUGAUCAUAGUGGGGAGGUUUCCUACGUUCGGUUUGUACAUUCAAAUGUUCACAACGGUCGCCAUAAAUUUCGCCAAAAUCAUGCUGGCCUUCUUCUGCCUGUUUCUGGCGUACGCCCUCAGUUUCGGCGUGAUAUUCACCAACUACCCGGCGUUCAUCGAUUUGAAAUGGGUGCUACUGAAGGUCAUCAUCAUGAUGUCGGGAGAGUUGGAGUACGAGGACGUGUUCUUCCCCGAAGAGGAACAAUAUAAAAUUAGGUACCCGUACACGGCUCAUAUAAUGUACCUCUCUUUCGUUAUAUUCGUCACCAUCAUAUUGACGAAUUUAAUUGUCGGUUUGGCUGUUAGUGAUAUACAGGAGCUGCAACAGACGGCGGGGCUCGAUAGAUUGGUGCGCCAGGCGGAGUUAGUGGCCCAUUUAGAGAGCAUGCUGUUUUCCAAACUAUUGACUUGUAUUCCGGACAAAGUCAUGAAAUUCCUCCACAACAAAGCCCUGCUGUUGAAGUCCAGAUACUACUGGGCCUUGUACAUACGACCUAACGAUCCGAGGGAAGCCAAAAUACCCAGGGACCUAGUGAAGAGUUGCUAUCAAAUAGUCGUAGCUAGAAAAGAUAAACCGAAGAAGAAUCUGAAAGGUUCGAAACGCGACUAUUACUACGAUAUGAUAUCGCCCUCGCUUUCACGAUUGAGUUCUUACAACAGCGACGGAUUCAAAUUCGGAAGCAAAAGCCAAUUGGCGUCUCUCAAAAAUCAAGUCGAUCAAAUAUCGCGGGAAUUCAGCGAAAACAGGAGAAACGUGAGGCAGAGGAUCGAGAAACUGUACCAAGCUUUAAAUACUUCAAAAACCCGGUCUAACGAUUAAAA